GAGUGAGAGAGAGGAGGAAAGACAGAGCGAAACCCCAUAAUGCACUGCACGCUGCAGGGCUGAAGUCGUGCAGAUUCAUCAGUUCCUGUUGGAAGGGCUUGUGUGUCUUUAUAUAUGUGUGUAUGUGUGUGUGUGUGUGUGUGUGUGUGAGAGCGUGCUUACACCCAUAGAGACAGACCGAGAGCAGGAAGAAUCCACAGACACGCAGGCAGAGAAGUGCCUUCCUUUGCUGACCCUUGUGGCUGUCUGGCGCCGCUGAAGUCGCCUGUGCCUCUGCGCCUGUCCAUGCCUGCCGAAGCUGCCAGCCACACUGGGAGCACCAGGACUGCCUCGACUGCCAGCCACAUCCACUGAGGCUGUCCCAACACCACUGACGCUACCUCCCCCCUCCCGUCUCCCCCCUUCCCCGUCUCCCCCUCCCUCCUGCUCGGUCUGCCUGCGAGACCCUUCUCCAUUCAUGCCACUCAAGCAUCCUCUGUGGAGGCCGAACACUUCCCUCUUUCUCUGCAGACAGAUCCUGAUACCGAAGACAAACAGCUUUUAUCGGCUCCUCUGAGCGGAAGAAAAUUGUUUCGUUGUGGUCCCUUCCACCGGCCUUCUCCUCUCCCUUCGCACCCCUCCCUCCCCUCAGCCUUGCUUUCUUUCAUCAUGGGCCGGCUUGAUCGAUAAUGUGUUUUGCCGUUCGUCUCAUCUGACAGUUCGGCUGACAAGAGAGCAAAUUGAGAGAACUGGUGUGUUGUGUGCGUGAGUGUGUGUGUUUGUAAGCAAGAGAUUGCAAAACAAAGCUCUGAGGUCAUCUGUGGCCCUGGGUGACAGGCUCUGAAGGAUUCCUACGUUAGCCACAAAUGGACUCUUAGAAUGGGCCGCAGGUGGUAGGCGAGUCCAAGGCUUCAUUCUGAUCAGAACCUUUGGACAACAAACCCACUGAAGCCAGGMCCUUUUCCCAUGUCCUUUAUUUAUUCUCUCCCAGCGCUCAUUCCAGUGUCGUUAGAAAAAUACAGGCGCACAUAUUACUCAGUUUGCUGGAUAUUUCCUGCCUCUAAUCGACCCCUCCUGGCCGGUUUGACAUGGCGGUGAGCGUGACCCCGAUCCGGGACACAAAGUGGCUGACGCUGGAGGUGUGUCGAGAAUUCCAGAGAGGAACUUGCUCUCGACCAGACAACGAAUGCAAGUUUGCCCACCCUGCCAAGAGCUGUCAAGUGGAAAAUGGCMGAGUCAUUGCUUGCUUUGACUCACUCAAGGGCCGCUGUUCCAGGGAGAACUGUAAGUACCUGCAUCCUCCGCCKCACCUAAAGACGCAGCUGGAGAUCAAUGGAAGGAACAACCUCAUCCAGCAAAAAAACAUGGCGAUGCUGGCCCAACAAAUGCAGCUUGCCAAUGCCAUGAUCCCCGGCACACAGUUACAACCGGUGCCCAUGUUUUCAGUCACACCCAGCCUUGCCACCAAUGCCAACGCUGCUGCAGCAGCCGCCGCUGCGUUUAACCCCUACCUUGGUCCCGUGUCGCCCGGCCUGAUGCCUGCUGACAUUUUGCCCAGUGCGCCUGUACUGGUCACCAGCAACCCCAGCGUWCCUGUACCUGCCGCUGCUGCCGCUGCACAGAAACUCAUGAGGACAGACAGACUGGAGGUAUGCCGGGAAUACCAGCGAGGUAACUGCACACGUGGGGAGAACGACUGUCGCUUUGCCCACCCGGCAGACAGCACUAUGAUUGACACCAAUGACAACACAGUCACUGUGUGCAUGGACUACAUAAAGGGCCGCUGCUCGAGGGAGAAGUGCAAAUACUUCCACCCUCCGACUCACCUGCAGGCCAAAAUCAAAGCUGCCCAACACCAAGUCAACCAGGCUGCAGCUGCUGCGGCCUUGACUCAGUCGGCUGUCAAAUCACUGAAGCGACCCCUCGACGCAACUUUUGACCUGGGGCUCCCUCCUGUCUUGUCUCCUUUACCAAAGAGACCUGCACUUGAAAAAGCCAACGGUGCCAACUCUAUGUUCAAUGCUGGUGUAUUCCAGUACCAACAGGCCCUGGCCAACAUGCAGUUUCAGCAGCAGGCUGCCUUCAUACCAUCAGGCUCGAUAUUGUGCAUGACACCUGCAACAAGUGUUGUACCCAUGAUGCACGGUGCUUCUCCAGCCACUGUGUCUGCAGCCACCACAUCUGCCACAAGUGUUCCCUUUGCAACAGCAACAGCCAAUCAGAUUCCAAUAAUAUCUGCAGACCAUCUGACUAGUCACAAGUAUGUGACCCAGAUGUAGGCGUCUCAGUCAGAACAGAUGAACUGGAGCAUGCUGGUGUCCGGUGAUUAGUGGUCAUCCCUCAUGGUAGUAAGAUCAAGAGUGGAAUGGAAAACCAAAUUUGAACUGGUUUGGAAUCAAUCUGCAUGUCGACAGAGGAGAAGAACAGUUUGUCUAAAAGGUUUUCAUAUAAAGUUCAUGCACAGUAUCACAACAGAAAAGAAGCCUCAUUGCAUUAAAGACUGCCUUUCGUUCUGCAGAGACAACUAACCUUUAUUCACCAGACACAUUUUGAAUGUCAAUGCAUGGUAAAUGUGUGGAGCAGUCGCCAGGAACGCCGACUGAAUCGGUACGUCCGUUGACCAAGAACGAUGGCUUGUGUCRUUAGUUUUCUCGUCGGUUGUUGGUCUUUGACUUAAAUUGUUCAUUUGUUUACACAGAGGUGCACCUUGUCUUUCAGUUGAAGUAAAACAGAAAAGAAGAAAAAAAACUAUAAUAAUCUGACUGAAUCAUAUGCAUGCACACUUAUUUCUUUGUUUUGGUUUGUUUUUGUUUUAACAGUGAGAAGGGAAUUUAUUCUGAGUGUACUCAGAGGCAAAACUGAAUGUCUGUGAGGUGUCUUUCAAACCUUUGUAGCCUAUCUUUCUGUGUCUUAAGCACAUGUCUCUAACCUUGCAGACAUCCCUGUAAAGUGCCAUACACACAUCCCCUACCCCACCCACCCACAAAAAAAGAAAAAAAAGUACACAAACGUAUUCAACCAGUGUUGCAAAGUGUUAAACUCAACAAUUCCCUUUAAUAGGAACAUGUUCUUUCUUGGACAGCAUGUAUUGUCCAACCUCAUGACCUGUGUUUCCCAUUAGCACCACUGAAAUUAGAUAAUGUUCCCCCAAAUCUCCUACUGAUUGAAUAGCUUAUCUGUGCUCUUUUCUUUGACUUUGUUGUUGAUGUCAGUUGUYUCGACACAAAAGGAGAUCUUGUCUGUCUGUAGAUAAAGUCACGUUGUGUGGGAGUUUUUGGCCGAUCUGAGAGGCCAAAUGCUCCAUCUGUGAUGAGGAUGAGAUGAUGAAGAGCUUUGUAGGCACAGGUAGGCAUGGGCUGGGGUGACUGAGAAUCUAAUGGUAUUGUUAUUAAGUGUUGAAAACUCGGAUGCCUGAUURAUGGUGCAGAAAACCAAGUUCUGUUCUCAGUUAAAAGGUUUAUUUUUCACAUCUAAAAAUUCCUUCUCAUGUUCAGAGCCACUGUGUGUGUGUGUGUGUGUGUGACCCUGAGCCUGAUCAGAACCAAACUAAAAAUGGUGUCCCUACGGCUGGGAGUGGUAACUUUUUUGUCUGCACUGCUACAAUGGAAUGUCAACAAGUCUUCUUACAUUGCUGAAGAGACACACAUAUUAAGAAGAAACAUGUUGAUUGUAUCACUGUUUAAAGUAAAUGACUGCAACUGAUCACAAAUUAUACGAUAAAAGGCUGCAUCAAAAAUGCAGUUGAUCACUCCCAAAAUGUACAUCUGUAUUGUAAUCUUGAGCAAAAAUACCAUAAUUUUAUUGCUUCAGUAAUAAAAAAUUGAAGGCUUUAUAUAAAAAAUAUAUAGAUAUGCUAUUUCUAUCACUGCAGCUAAAAUAACAUUCCAGGUCUAUAAUGAAGAGCAUUUAGAGAAGYUUUAAUAAACAACCUUAUAACGACACAAAGUCAUAAUAGAUCAUGACAUCAGAUUUAGUUUUCUCWGUUAUUUUGACAUAACAAUUCUAAUUUUGCUGUAAAAACUAGUUGUUUUGUUGCAAAAACUAGACAGUCAACUGACUCAGCCUCAUGCGUCAGUUUGACCCAAGGGCAGCAGGAGGGUUUAAACUGGUCCAUGCCGAUAAUAAGUCUGAGUCUAAACUGCUGUGAGAUAAAGCCAUUAAAAAGAAACUCUUGAAAAGCCGAAAGCAGUUUCCCAGAAAAUGUCGGUAGUUUUUGACACCAUGACUUUUAAAAUCGAUUGUGUAUCUUCAACCGGGCCGUGGUUCAUCACAAAGUGAUCAGUCUGAGUUUAAACCUGUUAGACUGAACUGAAAAGUCAAAUGAAAAGAAUCUUAAAACUGAAAAAAAAAAAACAGCAUGAUAGAUCAUUUCAUUAGUUUUGAUACAGUAACUUCUUCAACUAACUGUAUAUCUUGAAACCGGCCCAUGCCUACCCUCAGGGUGAUCAGUCUGUUUCUAAACUGCUGUGUGAUCAAACUGAAACUCUACAAAGCGACUACUAAUGGAGGUGUGAUUUGCAAGACGUGAGUAGUGUUUUGCUUGUGUGGUUAUGCGUAUUUUAAGGCAGGUUGACUGGGAAGAAUUAGUGUAGUGUGUAUAUAUAGUUCACCAUAUUUAAGAGUACCUGUUAAAUACCUGAGAACUGUUUGUUUGUUUGUUUGUUUGUUUGUUUGUUUGUUUGUUUGUUUGUUUGUUUGUUUGUUUGUUUGUUUGUUUGUUUGUUUUGUUUGUUUUCAGAUAGCCAAAGUUCUUUCGUGUCACUGUUAGUAGGUGUUAUGGGUAGACUAGAGGGGCUGAAUUUUACAAAUGCCCAAAGACAGUUUGGGUGUUUAAAGUAAAACUCUGUUUUAGUUGUGUGCUGAGUGUUAUUGAUUGGUGGAUUCAAUAAUAUGUGGAUAGUUCAGGUUAAAGUGGAAAAAAAAUAAACGAUUGUAUAACUCAUCCAAAGCCUUAGAAUGUACCAUCGGGUCAGCACAAUGCAACAUGCCAUUUUGAACCAUACGGCUGCCUAAUUCAUGCCAUAAUAACACCCACAGAGCACUAUGUGAUUGUCACUUCCUGUGUCAGUGUUUUCUAUCUUUCUUUCUUUUUUUUCCUGAAUGAGGACUGUUUGAUUUUAUUUUGUUUGGAAAAUACUUUGRGAUUAGUUCUUUUUUAUGAUUUUUAACUUUACAAUAAUGAAUAUACGGUACAGUGUGUGUUUGUGUGUUAUUCAUCCACAGUUUCUUGAAAUUCCAUGUUAUGUUACUUUUAGUAUGGUUAUGAUUGUAAACUCAAUAUUUUCUACAUUAUGCAUAUUGUUGAACUGUAUGCAUAUUGUUAAUUUYUCUGGUCUUUUUUGUGUUCUUUGAACAAAGAUGUUUUAUAUGAGUAUCUAACAGUAAUGAAAUAAUAGAACAGAGAGGCUGAGUUGUCACUGUGGCAACUACCGCCAAUACCUGGAUAAUAUUUUAAUGAUUGUAAGGUUUGUAACUAGUCCUAUAAGAAAAAAAAUGCUGUUAUAAAAAAAUACAAUUCUUAGAUGUUUAGAGUAAAGAUGUUAUUUUCUACUGUAUCCAUUUCAAAUAAUAACUAUUGUUUGAAUAUUUCUACUCUCCCUGGAAAUCGGGCCAUGUUGGAAAACAAGCUGCAUAUUUAAUCACUUUUAAGGAUGUUGCUGGCAGGGGGCAGGUGAACGUGGCGAGUAGGGAACUGAGUCUCCGCACUCAGCUUUAACUUUGCCAACUGCAAACAACAAGGGUGGGAAAUACUGAGGUGAUGCAGGUGGUGAAGGUUGACUUUUUUGCACUUCUGUACAUAGUCAAAAAAGAGAGAAUCAUGUAUAUUGAGAUCUUAUUUUGAAUAAAAAAAAAUACUGUCUAUGACGACAAGGAAUUUUGCUAGGACAACAACAAUAAUUCUUUUGAAAGGCUGAACAAAAUUGCUUGCAUUUAAAAGGGCACUGAGUUCUCACUCUCCUACCCCUUUCAGAAAAAAGGCCAAGUGUUGCUCUUCUUUUUUGUCAGCAGCUUGUAGUUUGCCAGGUAACCUUCCGGAGGAGGCGUCCACUACCCUCCAGCGCAAGAGCCUGACUGGGUUUGUUUGGUCUCUUAAAGGGAUUGUUCAGAUCUUUAAAAGUGGGGAUCUGGAGAAUGUUUUGAAGCAAAUAACUUACCUGUUGAAGAUAGCUCGAACUUCACCUCUAGUCUGAAAUAUUUUGUAGCAUUUCAUGUUUACGCAGUUCUUAUUAAGUUUUAGACAAUUGGUUUCAACAUGAUUUGGUAGGUCCAGAUUUGGUCCAGGUAGGCUGUGAAAUGAGAGGGUCUAGCCUUUGGAUGAUGUUUGUUAUGUUUGUUUGCUUGACCACGCACGACACCAUUACCAUAAUUGGCUUUAAAUCAUGUCUUCAGACUUAAAAUGCAUUGAGACAUGUAUUCACCUAUAUUAUUCUUGGAGGAAUAACUUAAAAUAUAUUGAUACACGUGAUUAAAUUUAAAAAAUACAUGAAUAAUUUGGGUUUAGCUCCAACAUCGGUACAUGUAAUUGUGUUUUUUAACAUGUCAUUGUAGCAUAAAUGUCAUCAUCUAAGUUGCUAAACGCAUUUAAAAACAAGAUAUUUGGUCCGUAACGAAUUUCCAAACAAGGCCAACUUGAUAAAAAUAAAAAUAAAUAAAUAAACUCUGCCGCCUGCAUUUUUCUGUUUAGUUUGUUGACAGCGCAAUGAAUCCUGGGAUGUUUUGGGGAAGGAUACUCGGAUGCAGCCUUCAUUUUUGGGGAUUUUGUGGUCCACAUUUGUUGGCCGUGUGCAAAGGAGCCCAUGGAUUGUGAUAGCCUUUGUCACGGGGGCAGAUGUGAGCCACCGAAAAAUGAGGACGUSAAAGGCCAAAGCUAGCUUCUUAACUGAGACACAGCCUGUAUGUGACUGCGUAAUGUGGAUGGCAGCACUCCACUUUGGUGUUAGCCUCACUCAGACUAGCUUUAUCAGGAUUAAACAUAAUUCCUCAAAUCGAACGUUCUUCAACAUGAUCUACAACUGGUAAAACAAUAAAUGUUCCUAACCUUUCUACAGAACCCCACUUCCAAAGGUCUGAAAUAAUGCUUUAACCUGCCUGCACCGACAGGUGUGUGUUUUUCACGGCCACACCCUCAAAGGCCCCACCAAUCACAUUAUGUCCUGUCUAUUUACCUUACUCGGAGAGGAAUGCAUGUUCCAAAAGAAAAAAAAAUACAUACAGUAUAUUAAAGAAAAUCACAACACAGUAAUAUUGAAUAAGAAAAAAACAUUUACACAGAAAGAUGUAUUUACAGUAUACAAUACUCUAUCAAUGUAAUGGAAUAAAAUAUAUACAAAAAUACAAAAAUAGAAUAGUGGUUUUUAUCAUAAAAAGAUAUUCCAGAGACUAUACUCAUUAAAGUUUCACCACUUGGAGAGUUAAAAUACAUGCAACACAAACACCAUAGCUAUAGGUAAUUUCUUUGUUUAUGUAAGCUGUGCUUCUAGGAGAUGAAAUUAACCGAACUGAAACGUAAUUCAACAUCAGACAGAUCAAGGAACCCAGACUAACAGGACUUAACAUUCUCAAGUAGUUGUACUAAAUCUUUUUUCAAAGUGGCAUCCUCAUGAUUUUUUAAAAAAGUAAAAAAACUUCAUGACAUACUCACCAUUAUUUUAUGUGAGAUAUUUAGAAUCAAGGCUGAUGUGUAGAAUUUACCAUUUAAAAUAAUAUUUGAAUGUCAACUUUUAGUGGUUUAAUCUAAAGAUGUUGAUCCACUGAAGGAUGGUGCUGCUUCUGUUUGCAAAGUGUUGUUAAAAUGCAGCAUUUAAUGUAAGGUAAGUUAGCAGGUUAACAGCUGUGUCCAUUAAAUGUCUCUCUGAUUGAGUUUAAUGCAUUUGUCAUCCAACGAUAAAUGGAAAAUUGGAGUGGCUUGUUGUAAUUUUUAUCAUUUACAAAAUGUGUUGUGCCUGUUUUUUUAUGUCCUACCUUGUUUUUAUUGUCAUAUUGACAAGGAAGCCCUUUUUUACAUAUGCAAAUCUAAAUAGCUCUACUCAGUAAUGUAAUGCAGCAAUAUUUGCACCACUGCACACAACUUUUGUAUGUCAUUAUAUUCAGAAAUUCCCAAAACAGGCCUAAACACCAGAACAAAAAAAUAGAGAUUAUUGGCAAAAUCAGAAAUACAAAGUAUGUACAUGAAUGCAAAAUCCUUACCUGUGCUGAAGCCACUAGUUAACACUGUUUACCACUUCUCAGCUUUAUUAAAAAUAAUAAGAUACAGUUAUUUACUAGUUGUGUGUACUGUGUUUUAAUUUUUAUUUCAUUUUUCAUAAAUAAAUAAACAUUUUAACACUUUAUUUAAACUGUUGAUGUCAAUAAAAUAUAUGCAGUUUUAUUGAAGGGAAAAAAGUUUWUUAUUAAAACUUAAAAUGGUUGGACACAAAAAUUUCAGCAGUAAGUGAAAAAAAUUACAAACUCAUUUAGCAUUUCUGAAUAUGUUUUUGUGUAUGUUAAUUAUGUAUUUUCUUGAAUCGUCACUCAAAAUUACAAAAUGAUCCACAAAUGUUUAAUGAGAAAUGUUGGAGUAGUGAACAAACCUAAUUUAUAUUAUGUACAAGUGCUUUUACUCCAUUUAAUUAAAAAUAUAAACUCUGUUAGGAUUGCAAUUUGUUAAACCUGUUUUCAUUCUUUAAUUGAUUUGCCAACACAUCACGACUGAACUGUUUGGCCUUGAGUCGCUCAGUUUCAUGAGUUUUAAUUUGCACACCCCGACUUGAAACUGUCCUCAGUCAAACCUUUGUCUUGUUGCAAUUGCAACUGAAACUAAAAGCAAAGUUACUUUUAGCAAUGAAAACAUGUUGACAUUGCUUCACCCUCACUUUCACGCAUCUCUGAUCUGUAUUAUAUAGGUUUACGUUUUUAGUAAUGCCGCCAUCAUUGUUUUAUCGCUGCAUACAUUGUCCAAACUGAAGCUGACUGGAAGCCAAAUUUACGUCACUGUAUCAGAAACCGAUGUUCUCAGCCAUCUCAUGAUUUAKUCAUGAAAGAUUUAUUCAUAGGGAAAAAAUCUCUAAUAUUAUAAAAGCAAAGACAUUUUGAGUCAUUUGAAUUUUUAUAUGGCCAAUGUUAAUAAYGUUAAUGUUAAAAGCCAUACAAGUCCCGUUAGUCAGGGUUCCUGAAAACUGACUGAAAAACUGCUGUGUGGUUUGAUUUAUAACCCAUUACAAUUAAAUUUUGCCCUGAUAUUUUCAGUUAUUCUUUUUUCAUUUUUUACAAGCACAGAUACUUAUAUUUAGGAGAUAAUGUAAACAGAACUCUUCUUUUUUUAUUUGUUGUUUGUUUUUUUUUCUGCUUGUAGUGCUGAGAUGAUGUAUUCUGUCCUCUGCUGCAGUUUGUUUCUGCUUGUUUUACCGUCCCAGGCCCCUUGAAAGAAURUGUCAUGCUGCAUGUUGGUUUGUCCUAAAAGCACCUGAAUGAUUUAUCGAUUGCAACAGUCUAAAGCCAUAAAAUCUAAUCAUCAGAAUGAAGAGGGAGAAAAUGACGUGACAAACAGGUGGUGCUUUUUGAAGCUGAGGGACGUGUUUUACUUGGUUUUAUUAACUACAUUAUCAUGAAGUGUAGUUAACAGAGCUCAAAGAGCCGUUCCAACUUUGCAGGUUGUGUGUAGUUGAAGGAAAAGUAUUUAAGAAAAWUUUUUUCAUGGGGCCUGUAUUGCUAUAUAUUCUUGCUGUUAUGAAUUUAAAAAUUAAAUAAAAUUUACAACUGAGAAAGCCUUUA